CCCGCCUCCUCCCGACCGGCCGCCCCGCCCCGCCGUGACCUCUGGCCACCGCCGGAGCCCGCCGCGCAGGGCAUAUACUUCUCUUGUCUUGGUUGGAUGCACAUAUCUCUGUGUGCAGUGCUUUUUGCCCGUUGCCUAGACGAUCACUUGGUUUCACUGAGGAUGUCUGGUUCUCGUAAAGAGUUUGAUGUGAAACAGAUUUUGAAAAUCAGAUGGAGGUGGUUUGGCCAUCAAGCAUCAUCUCCUAAUUCUGCAGUUGACAGCCAGCAGGGAGAAUUUUGGAAUCGAGGACAGACUGGAGCAAACGGUGGGAGAAAGUUUUUAGAUCCAUGUAGCCUACAAUUGCCUUUGGCUUCAAUUGGUUACCGAAGGUCCAGCCAACUGGAUUUUCAGAAUUCACCUUCUUGGCCAAUGGCAUCCACCUCUGAAGUCCCUGCAUUUGAGUUUACAGCAGAAGAUUGUGGCGGUGCACAUUGGCUGGAUAGACCAGAAGUGGAUGAUGGCACUAGCGAAGAAGAAAAUGAAUCUGAUUCCAGUUCAUGCAGAACAUGGAAUUCUGAAUUGUGGUGUUGGAAUGAUAGAAAAAAUAGACCAGUCAUCUGUAAUCAGUUGUAUAAUGGAGAGGGAAUAUCUUUACAUAGGACUUCCAAUAGUAGUCAGACAUCAUCUUGCCAUACCAUGGAACCAUGUUCAUCAGAUGAAUUUUUUCAAGCCCUUAAUCAUGCUGAGCAAACAUUUAAAAAAAUGGAAAACUAUUUGAGACAUAAACAGUUAUGUGAUGUAAUUUUAGUUGCUGGUGAUCGAAGAAUUCCAGCUCACAGAUUGGUGCUCUCCUCUGUCUCAGAUUAUUUUGCUGCCAUGUUUACUAAUGAUGUCAGAGAGGCAAGACAAGAAGAAAUAAAAAUGGAAGGUGUAGAACCGAACUCAUUAUGGGCCUUGAUUCAGUAUGCAUAUACAGGCCGCCUAGAAUUGAAAGAAGAUAAUAUUGAGUGCCUGUUGUCCACAGCCUGCCUCCUUCAGCUUUCACAGGUUGUGGAAGCAUGCUGUAAGUUUUUAAUGAAACAACUUCAUCCAUCCAACUGUCUUGGAAUCCGUUCUUUUGCUGAUGCCCAAGGUUGUACAGAUUUGCAUAAAGUGGCUCACAAUUAUACGAUGGAACAUUUUAUGGAAGUAAUAAGAAACCAGGAGUUUGUGCUCCUCCCAGCCAGUGAGAUUGCAAAGCUCCUGGCCAGUGAUGACAUGAACAUUCCUAAUGAGGAGACUAUACUGAAUGCACUUCUGACCUGGGUCCGGCAUGAUUUGGAGCAGAGACGGAAAGAUCUCAGCAAGCUUUUGGCCUAUAUUAGGCUACCUCUGCUUGCACCACAGUUUCUAGCAGACAUGGAAAAUAAUGCACUUUUUCGGGAUGACAUAGAAUGUCAGAAACUCAUUAUGGAAGCAAUGAAAUAUCAUUUACUACCAGAGAGACGACCUAUGUUACAGAGCCCUCGGACAAAGCCUAGGAAGUCAACUGUUGGUACUUUAUUUGCCGUUGGAGGAAUGGACUCAACGAAAGGAGCAACAAGUAUUGAAAAGUAUGAUCUCCGUACAAAUAUGUGGACUCCUGUAGCGAAUAUGAAUGGGAGGAGGCUGCAGUUCGGUGUUGCAGUGUUGGAUGACAAACUGUACGUGGUUGGAGGCAGAGAUGGACUGAAAACUUUGAAUACUGUAGAGUGCUACAACCCCAAAACAAAAACUUGGAGUGUGAUGCCUCCUAUGUCUACACAUAGACAUGGCCUUGGUGUGGCUGUGCUGGAAGGCCCCAUGUAUGCUGUGGGUGGGCAUGAUGGCUGGAGCUACCUGAACACAGUGGAGCGAUGGGACCCCCAGGCUCGCCAGUGGAAUUUUGUAGCCACUAUGUCCACACCCAGGAGCACAGUGGGAGUGGCUGUACUAAGUGGAAAACUUUAUGCAGUUGGCGGCCGUGAUGGAAGUUCCUGUCUCAAAUCAGUAGAAUGUUUUGAUCCUCACACCAAUAAAUGGACACCAUGUGCACAGAUGUCAAAAAGGAGAGGUGGGGUGGGAGUAACAACCUGGAAUGGGUUGCUGUAUGCUAUUGGAGGACACGAUGCCCCCGCAUCCAAUCUCACUUCCAGACUCUCAGACUGUGUGGAGAGAUAUGAUCCCAAAACUGAUAUGUGGACCGCCGUGGCAUCUAUGAGCAUCAGCAGAGAUGCAGUGGGGGUGUGUUUGCUUGGCGAUAAGUUAUAUGCUGUUGGGGGCUAUGAUGGACAGACAUACCUUAACACAGUGGAGGCCUAUGACCCCCAGACAAAUGAGUGGACCCAGGUUGCACCACUCUGCCUAGGAAGAGCUGGAGCUUGUGUUGUGACUGUAAAGUUAUAAUUCAAUGCUUUGUUUUCUAAAUGAAGAUACCUUCUUCUUUCACUAAUGUUGUACAAUUAUUCUACUAUCAAUGGAUACAUUUUUAGUAAGUGCACAAUGCCACAUUCCUGGGCACAAAGUGCCUCAUCUCAAAGUGAAGAUAUUAAAACAAGGAAGGAAGGAGUCUAUGGACCAAUGGUAAAGGCACAUUUCUCCAUAACUCAGAACUACAACCAGUGGAUUUUGAACAUACAUUCCUAAUAGAAAAUCUGAGGACAAGUGCACUGCUCCAAAGCAACCCAUUGCUAACUAGGAGUUUCAUUUCUUCCAUAGUCAAGUAAACUCUACUCACAUUGUCCCGAUUUAUUACAGUGCAGACAUAACAGAUAAAACUUCUAGAAUACUGUUUUAUAAGUUUAUCCUAUGAGUUACAGUUAUUUUUGUUUAAUCACAACCACUAUUUUAAUGACUAUACUGUUUAGUUUUUCACAGAUAGCUAUUACUCUUUGGUUAUGAAUUUUACUUCUGAAGUUGGCUUGGUCCAAUAAACGAAGAAAAACACUAAAGCAUUAAAAUAAUAAUGACCAAAUAGGAUUGAUGUGAUCUUUGCAUGAUUAUUCAGUAUUCAUUCCAUUACAUCCAGAUUUACCAAGAACUAUAUGUAUGAUAUUCUUCAAUUGAAAUUAAAAUGUUUUACAUUAAAUUUAAGAUAUGCAAAUUAAUGUAGAGAGAAAAAUACUAUAUACCUGUAAUGUUAUUUCACCUAACUAGUAUUUAAUUAUAUGGAUUACAACAGAUUAUUUGAUUUUGUCUUUUGAUACUCACAAUUCUUAUGUCCUCAAGUUUUCAUUUCCUCCCUGCCUUGUUGCUUUUGUUUACUAUAAUUAAUAAUCUAUUGUGCUUCCUUGUACUCAAACUGUUUAACAGAAUGGACUAACUGAAUGUUUGAAGACCAGAAGUUUAGAUAUUUGUUACCCAGAGUUUUGUACACUUGUAAACUCUAUAAUUACAUAUGUGAAUGUUAGUACUCUCAGUGAGUUAUUGUUCGCAAAAAUGCACUGGGCAGUAAAAUUUUGUGAAAUUUCCUAUUAAUUGUAAUUCACUAACUUAAUAUACAAUAAGUAUAAACUAAAUUCCCAUCUUUUAAAAUACA